UUUUACCAAAGUAAUCAACUGAAAAUUAUUUUUACCACUUUGAUGACCAACCUCAAUGUUUUGAUAAGCAGAACUAUCAAAUAUUGCUUUCACAGUUUCUUGCUGAGCAAUUCUGAUUGGCCAACAAAGAGGAAGUUACAAAUUUCCCAACAUUUACUUUUGGACUUUGUCAGCAUACAAUGUCCUUACUUCGUCCACAUAUUAUUUCUUGAAUUCUUGCCAAUUUUUGGAUGUCAACUGUUAUCAAGGAGCGGUACUUAUCAAUACAAAGAACAUGCUAACAAAGGAAGAAGCGAUCAAAUUCCUUGAAGAUUCUUGGCAAAUGAAAGAUGUUGCCGAAGAGCUCCUGAAUGACCGUGAAAAAUUUCUAAACAAGCUGAUGGUUACCAUUCACGAGAGGGUGCCUUUUCAAACUUUAUUCGUACGUAAUCUUGCAUUUAUGCUUCAAGAAAAACAAGCAAGCAAGUUUCCUACAUUAGAUGAGGUUGAUCACACAUGUAUGUCGGGAAAUGGAGGCAACUGCACAUUUAUCAACUUGUUUAUUUCACGUCUUCUUGAGGCACUUGGACUUUCUACCUCUGUUAGUCUAGCAGUUGUAACAAGUAAUGUCUUUAAUUCACAUUUAAUUGUGAUUGUUAAAGACUUGAUCAAUGUGGGCGAUCGUCACCUCAUUGAUGGUGGUUUGGGCCUGCCCACGUUUCAAGCAAUCUCAUUAAACUUUAACAAGGAGUCACCUAUUUACCAGAAUUCCUUUCUUGAAUACAAGUUUAUCAAACAUGAUGGUAGAGUCCUUCGCAUGCAUGGUAAAGGAGAUUUGAUGGUCCGUAAUGAUCCACCAAAAGAGGUUGAUUUCAUUCAAGGAAAAUGGAGAAGAUUCUAUUCAUUUAAUAUUGAGAAUAUGAUGGAAUGGCAAAGCUUUGCAGAAUUAGUACCAUUUUAUGCAUCUCGUUUUCUUCGCAAGUUUGACCCACGUGCAGCCAGGUUUCCUGGUGGCAAAGCUAUUUUGCUGUAUGGUGAUAUAUUGUAUGUUGAAAAAGAAGACAAGACACUGAAAACAAUCUUUUUGAAUUCAAAAGAAGAGAUAUUUCAGGCAUUUGAGGAUUAUUUCCCCAGCAUUGACAAAGAACUAAUUAAGGAAGCUUAUUCAACAUGGCACAAGUCAAAAUUAUGAAUAGACAUUUGAUUAAGUACUUUGCACAAUAAUCACACAAUUAUUCCAAGCUACCGUAGCUUAGCUACCAUAAACUGUUCAUUGACUGACAUUAGCCAAACAUGGAAAGUAUAACCAUAUAGAAAUUACAAAAAUUAACAUGUGGGUCAUGGAUGAUUGGUUUGUAAUAAAAAAUAUAUCAUGUA